AUGGUCGCGGCCACCCCCGGCGCGAUCUCCUCUGCUUCUGGUAUCGUCCCUACGUUACAGAACAUCGUGGCUACGGUGAACCUCGAUUGCCGCCUUGACCUCAAGACCAUCGCUUUGCACGCUCGUAACGCCGAAUACAACCCGAAGCGUUUUGCGGCUGUCAUUAUGCGUAUCCGCGAACCCAAAACCACGGCGUUGAUCUUCGCUUCUGGCAAGAUGGUCGUUACUGGUGCGAAGAGUGAGGAUGACUCGAAGCUUGCGUCAAGGAAGUAUGCAAGGAUUAUCCAGAAACUUGGGUUUAACGCCAAGUUUACGGAUUUCAAGAUCCAGAACAUUGUGGGGAGUUGUGAUGUGAAGUUUCCGAUCCGUUUGGAGGGGUUGGCUUACUCGCACGGAACUUUCUCAUCCUACGAACCAGAAUUGUUCCCGGGUCUUAUCUACCGUAUGGUCAAGCCCAAGAUUGUCCUCCUCAUCUUCGUCUCCGGCAAGAUUGUCUUGACCGGAGCCAAGGUCCGCGAAGAGAUCUACCAGGCAUUCGAGGCUAUCUACCCCGUGCUUACCGAAUUCAGGAAGCCAUAAAUGGGUGUCCCUCCUUUUGGUUGUUGUCGAGUCGAGAGUUGAGUGUGGGCGUCCCUUCUUU